UUAAUAACAAUCACAUGAUCACAAAUUAUGUUGCCGUGUCAAGUUGUUAGAACAAGAGCAAGCAUCCGUUUUCUGUUUUAAUACUUAGUCAAGUUAACUUUGGAUUCCUGUGUAAUCCCGAUUGAAAGAUAAAUGAGGGCGUCCAGUCGGACUUCAGCAAGGGAAGCAGAGAGACGAAACAAAACUGUCACUCAUUCUGCAAACGGACCGUAUCUUGAGCCAGUUGAGGCAGAGGAUUCAUCGGGUUCGUGUCGUCCUCUACGCCGGCAGGAGCGGGUUUGUUUGGGGGCGGAAUCAGCUUCUUCUGCUGCAGGGCCAGGGGCGUAUUCUGACUGUCCACCCUCUGUUAUAUUAACGUCAGCUCGUGGAGAUAUUAAUUGUUCAGACCCAACCAUGAACACGUUAGCAGCCCAGACAGCCUGCGGUGGGGGCAGCUCCAGAUCCCUCAACAGAAUCGGCCGUUCCGAGUGUAACCAUGACAACUUCAGCAACCUCAACAACGAUUGUAGCAUCCAGAAUGAGUGUCACAUUGGGAGCAAGCCUACAUCAAGUAUGGAGGAAGACGAUGUGUUUGGCGCUUCGAUAGGCACCCUGAGGAGCAGGCAGGAGAUGCGCUGGGAGCUGAGGUACUUCUUCAUGAACCCGUAUCUCAAGUACAAGAAGCGAGGCCGCAAACCCUGGAAGCUGGGAAUUCAACUCCUCAAGAUUAUCUUUGUUACUAUUCAGCUGGUCUUGUUUGGAACAAGCCAGUUCUCUCUGAACAAGUUCUACGAGGGAAACCAAGAAUCCUUUGAACAUUUGUUCCUGAAAGACUGGAAUACGGGCUAUGACUCCACGGCCUACCCAAAGAGCGAUGAACUUUACGCCAUCUAUGAAAAAGAAGUCCUCUUCAGACACCUUGACUAUGUAGCAUAUCAGUUUUCAAACCUGGAAACGAAUGCAAUAGGGACGUACGGCUAUGAUCGGCGAGAAGAAGGGGAGGCUCGCUCUCUUCACGUCUGUCAGGAGAAUUAUAAAGAGAUCAAGAUAACACAGGAUGGGCAGUUUUUUAUCAACGAGACAAUUCAUACCAGUUUCUUGGUCAUCCCUGUCAACACGUCACAAAAUAUAUCUGUCAAAGAUUACUUAGAGCAGCACAACCAAACCCUCUGUGUUGAUACAUUGAGAAAACUCACCUUAAACUUUGUAGUAAGCAGCCUUCAUCUCAAAGAUUCAAAAUCUUUUCCCAUUCCAGAUUGUAUCAAGUUUAAUAUCACUAUCAUGUAUGAUAAUACAGUACACAGUGGCAGAAUGCCUGUUACACUCAAUUUCGAUCACAACUUUUUCACCAACUGCUCCAACAAAAAUGAAUCUGAUGACUUAUCGAAGACGCCAGCAAGGUGGACAUUUUCAAUGGACCUUCUUGUGAUCAUACUCUGUGUUACUUCAAUGAUACUGUGCUUAAGGUCCAUCAUAAAAGCACAGCAGCUGAAAUUUAAAACAAUGCAGUUUUUCAAGGUACACUAUGACUGUACUUUGGGCAUAUCCGAUAAGGUGGAGUUCCUGAAUCUGUGGUAUGUGAUGAUCGUUGUGAGUGAUAUAUGCACCAUCGCAGGGAGCAUCGUCAAGGUCCUGAUAGAAGUAGCUGAUAACACAUACUACGAUCCAUGCAGUCUCCUGCUUGGUACAGGCUGCUUUCUGAUCUGGUUUGGCGUCCUCAGGUACCUCGGCUUCUUCAACAAGUACAACAUCAUGAUCGUGACCCUCAAGGGUGCCAUGCCUAACGUCCUAAGGUUCCUUAUCUGUGCUGGUAUCAUAUAUGCUUCAUACGCCUUUUUCGGUUGGAUAGUACUUGGACCUUAUCAUCCAAAAUUUAAAACACUCAGCAUCUCUGUAGAGUGCAUGUUCUCACUCAUCAACGGAGACGACAUGUACGCAACGUUCCGAGAGUUGUCGACUCGUAACAUGUCUAUCUACGUCUUCAGUAGAAUCUACCUCUACACGUUCAUCAGUCUCUUCAUCUAUGUUGUGCUCAGUUUGAUCAUCGCCAUCAUCAUGGACACCUAUGAAACGAUGAAAGAGUACCAAAGAACAGGCCAUAUAGAGGGCAAGCUUCAUUGCUUCAUGGCCGAGACGUGCGACGAGGACAUCCCCGGGCGGGGUUCAUUCCACACCCAGUCCAGCAUGAUGGAGAGAGGGAGAUGGAGGCAGAAACUUAGAGAUAACCUCUGCUGUAGAAGGUGCAAUUCAUUUGACAGUGAGGACAGUCUGAUCACAUGAUGUCAUUGGAGGAAUCUCCCUGGUUUAGAUACCCAAGCCAAUGUUCACCCUGCAAGCAGAUGGAUGCCUGGAGGGGGAAUCCCCUAAUGUCAAGGAUAAUGUCUAUGGAUCAAUCUUGCACCUUUGGAAGGCUGUAUGUGCGAUUACAGGAUUCCCGGUGCUUUUCACAAAGAUUGCCAUGCAUUCGCAUGAAACUGUAGAAAGGGAAUUCCUUUGCUUCUAACACAGCCAAUGACCAUCCUUGUGAUUGCCUCAAGUGAAAUUUCCCAGUCUAUUUUUAUUUUGGGGGGUACAAUCUGCGUGUUUCUACAGGAGACCCCAAAAUUAAUGAUAUUGUCUACCUGGAAUAGACCCAGACAGUAAACACUAGAAGAAUAAAACCGGUCUCUUUCUACAGAAGGACAAUAAACUAGUUAUUCGCACACUUGACAGACUUUACUGGGUACACUAGAUGUUCACCUUCAACACUAAUGCUAGUACAGUCAAAC